AUCCGCCCCCUGCCUCAUCCAGGCUUCGCCCCCGUCAGUCUCCGGCAGCUUCUCGCGGCUUAGCAAGCCGCUUCCCGUGAUGCCUCGCGCCUGGGUGUAGCGGUUGCCGGGCAACGCGCGGUCCCUGGCGCGGGCGUAGCUGGGACCCGCUGGAAGAUGAGGCCGCGAGGCCUCCCGCCGCUCUUGGUGGUACUCCUGAGCUGCUGGGCCUCCGUGAGCGCCCAGACCGAGGCCACCCCGGCGGUGACGACAGAGGGCCUCAACUCCACCGAGGCAGCCCUGGCGACUUUCGGACCUUUCCCGUCGACCAGGCCCCCUGGUACUCCUAGAGCACCAGGGUCCUCCUCCGGCCCCAGGCCUACCCCAGUCACGGACGUUGCUGCUCUGUGUGUCUGUGACUUGUCCCCAGCACAGUGUGACGUCAACUGCUGCUGUGAUCCUGACUGCAGCUCUGUGGAUUUCAGUGUCUUUUCUGCCUGCUCAGUUCCAGUUGUCACGGGUGACAGCCAGUUUUGUAGUCAAAAAGCAGUCAUGUAUUCAUUGAAUUUUACAGCAAACCCACCUCAAAGAGUAUUUAAACUUGUUGAACAGAUUAGUCCAUCUAUUUUCUGCAUUCAUAUUACAAACUAUAAGCCUGCAUUAUCCUUUAUUAAUCCAGAAGUACCUGAUGAAAAUAAUUUUGAUACAUUGAUGAAAACAUCUGAUGGUUUUACAUUGAAUGCUGAAUCAGAUAUUUCCUUCACAACCAAACUGGAUAUUCCUACUACUGCUAAAUAUAAGUAUGGGGUUCCUCUGCAGACUUCAGAUUCGUUUCUGAGAUUUCCUUCAUCCCUGACAUCAUCUCUGUGCACUGAUAAUAACCCUGCAGCGUUUCUAGUGAACCAGGCUGUUAGGUGCACCAGAAAAAUAAAUUUAGAACAGUGUGAAGAAAUUGAAGCCCUCAGCAUGGCUUUUUACAGCAGCCCGGAAAUUCUGAGGGCACCUGAUUCAAGAACAAAGGUCCCUAUCACUGUUCAGUCAGUCCUCAUUCAGUCUCUAAAUAAAACGCUCACCCGACGGGAAGACACUGAUGUGCUACAGCCGGCUCUCGUCAAUGCUGGACACUUUCACCUUUGCAUGAAUGUUGUUCUUGAGGUAAAAUACAGCCUCACAUACACAGAUAGAGGUGAAGUCACCAAAGCUGAUCUGUCAUUCCUUCUGGGGACAGUUAGCAGUGUAGUGGUCCCACUGCAGCAAAAGUUUGAAAUUCAUUUUCUUCAGGAAAAUACCAAGCCAGUCCCUCUCAGUGGAAACCCUGGUUAUGUCGUGGGGCUCCCGUUAGCUGCUGGAUUCCAGCCUCAUAAGGGGUCUGGGAUUAUUCAGACCACGAACAGAUACAGACAGUUUACUAUUCUUCAUAGCACAGCUGAGCAAGACUGCUUAGCACUGGAGGGGGUCCGGACCCCAGUAUUAUUUGGUUACACUAUGCAAUCUGGCUGUAAACUAAGACUGAUUGGAGCUCUCCCGUGUCGGCUUGUAGCCCAGAAGGUGAAGAACCUGCUGUGGGGCCAGGGCUUCCCAGAUUAUGUGGCCCCUUUUGGAAAUUCGCAGGCCCAGGAUGUGCUGGACUGGGUGCCCAUCCACUUCAUCACCCAGUCAUUCAACAGGAAGGAUUCCUGCCAGCUCCCAGGGGCUUUGGUUAUAGAAGUGAAGUGGACCAAAUACGGAUCCCUACUGAAUCCACAGGCCAAAAUAGUCAAUGUAACUGCAAAUCUAAUUUCAUCCUCCUUUCCUGAGGUCAGCUCAGGAAAUGAAAGGACGAUUCUUAUUUCUACUGCGGUUACUUUUGUGGAUGUGUCUGCACCUGCAGAGGCAGGCUUCAGAGCUCCGCCAGCCAUCAAUGCCAGGCUGCCCUUUAACUUCUUCUUCCCGUUUGUUUGACAAUGCUCAUAUGAAAGGAUACAUCAAUUCCUUAAUAUACAUGUGAAAUUUGAAAACUGUACAUUCGAUGCGACUAAAUUUUAUAUACAACUAGAAAUUGUCCAGCUUUGUUGCUCAUUUUCAAGCAAGGCUAAAGUGUUCAACAUGAGAAAAUGUGAUACCUUUGACACAGUGUGGGGUGGGAAUGGAUGGGCAGCUCUUGGUGGUACUGGACCUUCCACAAGGCUGUGUCCACCCAGAAUCCAUGCUGGCAGGAGGGAGGCAGAGGCAUCAAACCAAACCUCUCACCAGGUGGCCCAGGAGGGGCAGCUGUUCCUCACAUGACAGCACAGGCCCAUGAGGCAGUGUCUUCUCUGCGGGGAGCUGGUCUGGGUCUAGUUCACUUCACCAAGAAGUCCAUGCUGUCGCAAUAGCUUGUUAAGUCUUUCAAUUUCUUGUUCCUAUUGCAAAAGCAGACAAACACUGGAAUUUACUUUGAGCCUCGCCAGGGAUGUGACAAUCAUUCAGUAAGCCCCAGGCACAGAGCCACAGAGAUGAAUGAAAGCUACACUCUGUGGCAUUCAGUCUGCUGAGGAGACUGCUACAAUUAUAGGCUCCACUGAGCAGCAGUGACAGCAGUGAGAAGACAAAGGUGGGGGACCUGGCAGAGCCCCAGGGUGUGGGAGUGGGCACAGCUUCAGGGAGGAUAUGAUGCCUGGGCUGGAUCUGAAAGGACAAGGCAGGCUCAGCCCAGGGAAGGGCGCUCUAGGUGCAUGAGCAGCGCUGUGCUGCAGGCGGCUGCUGCAGCAGAGGCCAGCUUCUCAGACGUCUUUUUGUUGUUGUUGUUGAGACAGAGUUUUGCUCUUGUUCAGGCUGGAGUGCAAUGGCGCAAUCUUGGCUCACUGCAACCUCUGCCUCCCAGGUUCAAGCGAUUCUGCUGCCUCAGCCUCCUGAGUAGCUAGGAUUACAGGCAUGCGCCACCACGCCCGGCUAAUUUUGUAUUUUUAGUAGAGACAGGGUUUCUCCAUGCUGGUCAGGCUGGUCUCGAACUCCGGACCUCAGGUGAUCCACCUGCCUCAGCCUCCCAAAGUGCUGGGAUUCCAAGCAUGAGCCACCAUGCCUGGUCCCCAGAUGUGUCUUACCUUCUCAGAGCAGCUGAACUCAAGGUGUUGAAUCUUGGCGGCCAAUUGUACAUUCAUCUGUUUUAACCUUAAGAGUUGCCGUUCUGAACGUGUCUUAACUGAGAUGAUAAUCCCUGAAAUAAAAUUGGGGGUCUCAGUGA